ACUGCAUGCAUCUAAUCUAAUGAUAAUACAAAUAUACGACAAAUAUAUCGACUAGAAAAUUGAAAACAGUCCUUCUCAUAGCCUUAACAUCACUGUAUGCACAACUACAAUAUCUUAUCAAAACCUCUUCAGUGAGCUAUCAGGUGCUUGAUGUUUAUUGUUACUUCAUUAAGUCCAAUCAGCUGCAGAAGUAGCAGUUUAACAAGAAAAACGUAACUAUUUAACAGGGAAUAUUAUUUCGUCCGAGCCAGGAAGGCAAGCAUGCCAUUGGGAUUUGCGAGCUGAGUCUCUUCCCCAAGCAAGACUAACAGCGGGUUGGGAGCCAUGGCCGCAUCCGCACCGGAGCUGCGUCCUCUGCACGCCGAGCAGGACAUCAGCGAGAAAUGGCUGCAGGCGAUGCUGACGCUGAAGUUCGGAUGCCCGGUCCGGGUGCAUGCUUGGACGUCGAGAACGCCAAGAGGUCGCGAAGGGUUUCUCAGUGAAAUCGCCUUCGUCAGCCUCACCUAUUCCAAGGACGGUGAAGAAGGAACAGUGGAUGCCUCUCUUGUGUUCAAGUUCUUGCCCCAAGACCCUGCUUUGCGACAGUUCUUAGCCAACGGUGGUUUGACAAAGCGAGAAGUCGAAUUUUACAAUUUCGUGGGCAGCAGUAGCUUUCAGGAGAUUUGUAAACAAUGUGGUAUAGUUCUUCCUGUUCCCGAAACUUACUACGCUGGUUAUACCGAGGAGGCCAUCACCAUCGUCCUCCACGACAUGAAUACCGACAAGUUCAAAAGUGUUAUAGUGAAAGAAGGAAGCACCCUCGAACAGACUAGGGUCGCCCUGAAGGCUGUGGCUCUUGUCCACGCGGCCGGCCUUUUGUUUAUCAAUCGACACGGCAAAAGCAAUAGCCUGAAAACUCUCGCGUCGGAGUUCAGGACCGAUUUCUACGACCAGUUCUUCUUGCCCAAUCUGGACACGCUCUCCGACAUGUACAAGGGAUCGCCUUUGUCUUCCACCAUGCUCGCUCUGAAGCCACUGACGCAGAAGAUGUACAAGGUCUCCGAGAAGCGACCUUUCGUCGAAACGGUGAUCCACGGAGACUUGUGGGCAGGCCAGCUGAUGUAUUCGGAUGACGAGUCUCGUGCCGUCAUCAUAGACUGGCAGUUCUGUCGCGCCUCCAAUCCCGUGACCGACAUUGUCUCGAUGUUUUUCAUGAGCACCGAUCCCGGCGUCCUCCCCAACUAUGAGGAGUUGCUGAAGGAUUACUGGGCAGUGUUCACGGACACCCUCAAGGCGGGCGGGGUCAGCACUGAGUUGACUUUCGAGAAUUUGCUGGCGAGUGUCGAAGACUGCUGGAUCCUGGGCUUCCAGUUUUUGGCUGUCAGCAUUCACGAUUUUAUGGGCGGUGGAAGUAUUACCGACGAGAGAAUAUUUGGCGCGAUUGACUUCUUGGAAAAGAGAGGAGUGUUUAAAAAGUUUAUAAAAGAAUUUAGUGAUUAAUGGUUUUUCGUGUGUAUAUACAGAGAUUUGUCAGGAUAAUCUUUUCCAAUGAUAGAUAUUUACUUGUUAAAAAUACAUAUGUUUUGAUUUUGUAUUGCUGUGAAAGGAUUUGUACAUUUUCAUUUCCUCUAUAUUUGAAACUUGAGAUUGACCCAUUAGUUGUUUGUACAUUUUAUUGUCAACAACAAAACUACAACUUUUGGAAGGUUGUAGUAACCUGUAAGAUUGUAAAGUAUGGUAAACAUUGUUGUAGGAAUAAGUUUGAAAUGUAGAAAUCAAGAAUUUUUGUAUUAAGGUAAUUUUUUUUUUCUUUUUCUUUUGUAUGUACAAUGUUAAAGUAGUAUAUCCAUACCAUUAACAAAGACGUUGUUGGACUUCAAGACCUUUAGAACAUAAAAAUUCAAUCUGAAAA